CGAUUAUCAGAAUUACCUCGUGAAUAGCUGUGUGAAGGAGAACCCCACCAUGGAGCGGUCCAUCGCCCUGUGUAACGGCAUCUCCCAGUGGGUACAGCUGAUGGUUCUCAGCCGCCCCACCCCACAGCUCCGGGCAGAAGUCUUCAUCAAGUUCAUCCAGGUGGCUCAGAAACUCCACCAGCUGCAGAACUUCAAUACACUGAUGGCUGUGAUAGGUGGGCUCUGUCACAGCUCAAUCUCCAGGCUCAAGGAGACAAGUUCGCACGUCCCACAUGAAAUCAAUAAGGUUCUGGGUGAGAUGACCGAGCUGCUGUCCUCCUGUAGAAACUAUGACAACUACCGGCGGGCCUAUGGGGAGUGCACCCAAUUCAAGAUCCCCAUUCUGGGGGUGCACCUCAAGGACCUCAUCUCCCUGUACGAAGCCAUGCCCGACUAUCUGGAAGAUGGGAAGGUCAAUGUCCACAAGCUGCUGGCCCUUUACAAUCAUAUCAAUGAACUGGUCCAGCUGCAAGAGGUGGCCCCGCCCUUGGAGGCCAACAAGGACUUGGUGCACCUGCUGACGUUGUCCUUGGAUCUCUACUACACUGAAGAUGAAAUCUAUGAGCUUUCCUAUGCUCGGGAACCAAGGAACCACAAAGCCCCACCACUAACACCUUCAAAACCACCAGUAGUGGUGGACUGGGCCUCUGGAGUAUCUCCCAAACCGGACCCAAAGACCAUAAGUAAACACGUCCAGAGGAUGGUGGAUUCCGUCUUCAAGAACUAUGAUCAUGACCAGGAUGGAUACAUUUCUCAGGAAGAGUUUGAAAAGAUUGCUGCCAGUUUUCCCUUUUCCUUCUGUGUGAUGGACAAAGACAGGGAAGGCCUCAUCAGCAGAGAUGAGAUCACAGCCUACUUCAUGAGGGCCAGCUCAAUCUACUCCAAACUGGGCCUGGGCUUUCCUCACAACUUUCAAGAGACCACCUAUCUGAAACCUACAUUCUGUGACAACUGUGCUGGAUUUGUAAGUUGUUCUUUGAAUGCUUUAGGUUGAACUUGGGGAGGGGUAUGAGACAAUUUAAGUGAUUAAGCCAGGCAGAGACCUCACCAUCCUUAUCAACCACCCCAGCUUAGAGCCUAAACAAACACCUAGAAUAAGCUCGUUCUCAAAUGCAUGGUUUUUACUUGAACUCAUCUUUACCAUUUCUCCCAGAUUGAUUUCUUCCUCUGGUCUAUGAGGCCUGGGACAAAUGGUAAGAACUGUUG